AUGAGAGAUCCACUGGGACCAGCAUUCAAAGUACCGAACCAAGGUGAAGCCAAACCCAAUGGAACCGACAAAAUCGUUCCGAGAAUCAAAGCACCAAACCAAGGUGAAGCCAAACCUAAUGGAACCGACAAAAGCGUUCCGAGAAUCAAAGCACCAAACAAGGGGGACGCGAAACCUUAUCCUGCCGAUAAGAAGGAUGACAGACUUAAAGAAGCCAAGCAAGGUGGAGCAAAACCUAAUGGAACCGACAAGAUCGUUGCGGGAUUCAGAGCACCGAAGCAAGGUGAAGCCAAACCUAAUUCAACCCAUAAGAAAGAGUACAGAUUCAAAGAGCCGCCCGAAGGUGGAACCAAAUGGAAGGGAACGGAUAAGAAGAAGGACGAAUUCAAGGAGCGGAGUGAAGGCGAGGUUGCAUCAACGAAUGGAGUCUUCUUAGCAGGAGCUACGACGGAAGCAGCCACGUCCGUAAGAGGUACGACGAAGUCUGUUGCAACUGCGGUUGUUGAAAAAGUGAAUCAUCGAAAGCACUCUCACAAGCUGGAGCGGCAAUAAAUUGCUAGUGGCUGGAACUGUUAUGAUGGGUGGUUAGUGUGUUGACGAAAGCUGACAUAAUCUCUUUUUCAUGUGAUCCUCAAUUUUUUCUCUUCUUUCAUGUGCCUUCAUCUUAGGUGGUGCUCUAUUUUCUUGCGUUCUUUAUACAUGGAAAAAUAUAUAUGUGUUGGUUUUUGUUUACAUAUAACAGUAAAGUUCGUGCAUAAUGGUUAUCAGGACAUAUGCGUUUAUCGAUGGGAUAAAGGAAGGGAAAGAGAAACCAUAACAAUCUUCCACCCUGCAAAACGACAGGAUGGCAAAGACACAAGAAUUGUAGUAUUGUUCGAUUUAAGCCCC